CAAUUUCUUAUGGCCCAUAUUGAACCAUAUGGACCUAGACGACAUGUGGUUCCAGCAGGACGGCGCUACGUGCCACACAGCAAACGCCAGGACAUUCCAUUUCUACAUCUACCCGCACUUAUUGAAAAACCCUUUAUAUAAAAAUUUUUAAAACAAAAUUUAAAACUGUUUCUUAUAACCAAAUGUACUUCAUUUCAUGGUUUCCUUUCUGUUUACAGCUUCAUGACCGCAAUAAAGAAAUUCAAAAAUCACCAUAGUAAGAUGAAGUCUCGAUCUAAGCCAUUCUUUAGGCUUAUCUAUAUACUCAACGUUAUAUGCCAGCUUUUUGGAGUAGCGCCGAUUUUAGACUCGUCACGCCAUAAACGUCGUGCAUUACGCUGCGUCCAUUAUAUUUGGUGUUCCAUUUUGGUACUUUAUAUUUAUUUGGUAAACUCUUACUACUUGCUAAGCCUGAUACGUGCGCCACUCGUCACCAUUGUUAAAGUAUUUUUCGUAUACGAGUUUAUCAACAAUCCUUUCAUAGUUUCCUUAAUAGCAUUUACCAUAUGUUAUUAUGCCGAACAAUAUCGAAUAAUACCACUUGAACUUUUAAGUAUUUAUAAAAACUAUAAAAGACUUCAAUCGAAAGUGAUUGCCGACAAAGAUUUUUUCGGCGUACUCCAUAAGGAAGUGAACCUGAUGCUUGCUGUUUUUUGCCCAAUUGUGAUAUGCUGCUUCAUUCUUGAUUACAUUCGCAUGGAUUGCGGCUUUAUUUAUUAUAUCCUCAAUACAAGUGUUUUCAAUUUAUCAAAUGUUCUGAUAACAUUAAAUCUAUGCCAAUAUUUGGUAUCGUUACGUUUUGUGUACCAAAUGUAUCGGGGCUUAAAUGAGGUAUUGAAGGGACGCCUGAAUAAAGUUGGAUCAAUGACUUUAGACACGUACGAAGAUACUGCCAACGAUAUCUACAUAAGCGGAUUUUCUUGGUUUCACCGUGAAUUUUAUAGUUCGUGCUGCGGAGGGGGAAACAAGUUCAAAAUUUUAAAAUCAUUAAGUCGACCAUAUUUCGAUUUGGACCGAAUAAUGGCGAAAUUGACAAAGGUCUUUGGAAUUAUUUUACUUUUUAAUUUUCUUGGCUCGUUACUCAGCCUUGCUGUGGAGUGUUUUGCUGUAUACAAAUUUUUUGAUAAUGCGAAUAUUUUGGGAGACACAUUGCUGGAUGUACAUAAUAGGUUUUUGUGGCUUUUAAUACAUGUGGGACGCAUUCUGUUGAUUUUAAUCGCAAACCAUGCGAUCAUUGAAGAGAAAUGUCGUACAAUUUUUAUAAUAAACGAAUUGCAUAUUACAUCGAAGGAAAUGGAACGUGCGAUCAAUCGCUUUUUGCUUCGACUCAUGGUGCACCAGCCAGUGGAAAUGGCUUGUGGUGCAGUAGAUCUGGACUUGCUGGUCUUAAGUGGGAUUGCUGGUGCUAUGGCCAACUACAUUAUAUUUCUUAUACAAACCGAUGUGGGCAGAUUAACAAUGGAAAGAAGUCAAAAUAUAACAAUAGCAUCGUAAUGGCAUUGGUCUAUAAUCUAU